UCACAACGAUUGCAUGCAGCAGAUAGAUCAAUUUUGGCACGACGUGCGCGUUGUUUGCUUAGAACUAACUUUAGUUUCGAUUUAGAUAAACGCAUCGAUAGAUUAUUGCCGCGUGUGUGCAUCGCUCGCGAGAAUUAAUCGCUGAAACUUUUUGCUGUGCGCGUGCCGCGCGCCACCGGCGGAUCUAUAUUUGAGGCGUCGCGACGCCCGACCGCAUGGCAGGCAUGGCACACACUCAUCGCGACGCCGCGUCUCGAAUCUAUUUUUUCACCAGUCGCACCUCGCCUACGAUCGACAAUAAAUUAAACAAGUGUAAAACAAGUGAAAACCAGCCUAGAAUUAAAAUUUUCCGUGCGUCACAAGUGUAAAUAAUAACACACAUGCGUUAUGAUUUGUUAUGACUAAUGCUGAACAGCUGAUUAUUGAUUUUUACCUGUGAACAUGACCACAACUUCUAAAAUCAAGUGAAAUGUUUCGUAUUCUGAAACAAGCUCCAUCUACCGGUGCUUUUUGCAUGACUGGAUGCAUACAGUGCCUUCAAAACAUAAAGUGUUUAACUGGUAGCCUACAGUAUUCAACGUCAACAAUACCUACGCAGUCGCGGGUUGUCAUAGCUGGCGCUGGCAUCGUCGCUAAUUCAUUAGCCUAUCACCUAGCACAAAAUGGCUGGCAAGAUGUACUCGUCCUGGAACAGAACAAAAUCGGCUCCGGAUCCUCACACUUCGGCUCUGGCACAUUGGGCCUAUUCAAACCCAUCUCACAACGCAACCUUAUUUUAUACUCUAUUAAAUUAUACCAGGACUUGCAGGAUCAAGGUUAUGAUAUCGGAAUGAAACAAUGUGGCAGUUUGAAUCUAGCACAGACCAAAGAUAGGCUAAUUGCAUUACGCAGGCGCAUCGCGUAUAACAUACCCACCGGUCUCUAUUGCGAGUUGUUAACACCAAAAGACAUAAGCGCAUUGCAUCCGUAUAUGAACGUAGAUGAUCUUGAAGGUGCCGUCUACGUGCCCGAUGAUGCUGUGGCGGAUCCAAGCGCCAUUUGUCAAGUAUUAGCUGAGAUCGCGCAAGAAAAAGGCGUGGUUUAUAAGGAAGGCGUGUUCGUCGAGCGGGUGUUGACCAAAAACGAUCGAGUGUCUUCGGUGAUCACUGAUAAAGGCGAGGUAAAGUGUGAGUAUUUCGUGAAUUGCGCGGGGAUGUGGGCGAGAGAAGUCGGACUUGCUUGCGAUGAAAAAGUUAAAAUACCAGCGUACCCCGCAGAGCAUUAUUACGCCACCACCGAGGGACAACAUUCAGAAGAGGAGACUUUACCUUGUGUAAGAGAUUUCGAUUCGUUUGCGUAUUGUAGAGAUUUUGGGACGGGGUUUUUGUGUGGGUGGUUCGAACCGGAAGCCAAGGCUGCGUUCAAUGAGAGUGCUACCAUACCUAGAGACUGGCAGAAUCACAUUAAACAUGAAUGGAAAUAUUUUGAUAAAAACUGGAAGAAUAUGGUGAAAAGGUUUCCGUUGUUGGCAACAUCAAGACCAGAAUUAGUUAAUUCUCCAGAUAAUUUCACGCCUGAUGGGAGGUGGAUCCUGGGAGAAGCACCAACCGUAGGGAAUUAUUUUGUUGCAUGUGGGAUGAAUGGUAAUUCAUUACAGGGAGCUGGAGGUAUAGGGAAAGCCGUUGCUGAGUGGAUAAUCGAAGGACGACCCACUCAGGACCUGCUACCUUUCAAUAUACAACGAUUCUUGGACAUUCAUGGCGGUAGGCAUUAUCUUCAACAGCGGAUAAAGGAAAUUGUUGGCAGAAAUUAUUCCAUUCUGUAUCCGCAUCAAUGUGAGUAUAAAUACGCGAGGAAAUUACGCUGUAGUCCGUUAUACAGUGUGUUGCAAACACGCGGUGCCGUUUUUGGAAUCAAAAUGGCGUAUGAACGAGCAUUAUACUUCGAUAGCACUGCUGCUUUAGAUGAUCAUACAAAACUACCGGAAAUGCCUCCGGGGAGUUUCUACAAACCCGCCUUCUUUGAUUUCAUGCAAGAGGAAUAUUUAGCAUGUCGUGAAGGUGUCGGGAUUAUUGACAUGUCAUCGUUUUCAAAAAUUGAAAUCAAGUCUGAUAACCUCCAAGAAAUCAUAACCUAUCUCCAACGCCUGUGCACAAAUGACAUCGACAUACCCGUGGGCGCAAUUGUUCACACCGGGAUGUUAAACGCGCAAGGCGGCUAUGAAAACGAUUGCAUGCUGGUGCGACAAAGCGACGUGAAGUUUUUCAUGGUCUCGCCAACAAGUCAACAAACGCGUAUCUACGAGUGGAUGAAGCGUAAUCGUCCCGCUGACGCGCAAAUUGUUCUUAAUGACAUUACUUCGAUGUAUACUGUGAUCAAUGUUGUGGGACCGAAAGCAAGCGAGUUAUUGGGGGAGUUAUCUAACAAUGACAUGCAACUUGCGCCAUUUUCCUACAAGAAGGUGAAUGUAGGCUAUGCGAGUGACGUUAUGCUCAUGUCAUUUACACACACUGGCGAACCAGGGUAUUGUUUGUAUAUUCCGUCUGAAUAUGCUCUACAUGUUUACUAUAGAUUAAUGAAGGUUGGAAAAGACUAUGGUAUUCGUGAUGUAGGCACAUUGACUCAACGUUUUAUGCGCAUCGAGCGUUUCAUUCCCUUUUGGGCUGAAGAAUUGACUAGUUUUGUCACUCCUUACGAAGCUGGCAACAGUUACAUAAUCAAACUCGAUAAAAAAGAAGAAUUUGUUGGGAAACGAGUGUUGCAGAGACAAAAAUCGCAGGGUGUACAAAAACAGCUCGUCUUUUUCCAACUAGAAGAGAUCGACCCCGAUGUUGAUAUCUGGCCGUGGGGUGGGGAACCAAUCUACAGAAACGGCUAUUUUGUGGGGACUAUCACGUCAGCCGGCUAUGGCUUCUCAAGCAAUAAACUGAUUGGCUUGGGGUAUAUCCGCCGACCAAUAGAAUCAGAGAUAAAAACAGUCAAUGCAGAAUAUAUCAUGUCGAAAGACGCGAAAUAUGAGGUUGAUAUUGCGGGGCAGCGGUUUCCAAUGCGCGCGUAUAUGCACUCGCCAAUCGCGCAGAGCAAUGCAAGAUCAAGGCGAAAAUACAGGCCUACAGUGAGAAAGGAGAGUGAUAUCACAUACUGAUGAACGUAGAAUGAAAUAAACGUGCGGAUAUUUCUAAA